AUGGCGUCCCCCGAGAGUCCUGCGGCGGCGACAGCGACGGCGACGGAGCCGUUUCCCGCCAUAGACGGGACUGCUCCCGGACCACUCGCUCAGUCCCCGAGCGCCGACGACAGCCGGAGCGCGACAACUAACCGCCCUGCCGCCUCGUCGUCACUCAGCGGACACCUUCGUCGCGCGUCCGUCACCUUCAGUCAAUCGGAGCUUCCCGAGGGCUUCUUCGCCGCCGCAGGCGGAAUCGCCUCGUCCGUCUUCUCGCGCCAGAACGUAGCCCGACCUGGCUCUUCCGCGCCCAGCUCUCCCGUCGUCCAGUCACCCGAGGCGCGCCAAACCAUCCCAGAGCACUCCAACGGGACUCCCCCCUUCUCGGAAGAGCCCGGCUCGCGUGAGCCCAAGACGGAGGGCAGCUCGGCAUCGCAGACGACAUCCAUGCCGAUCGACGAGCCCGCCGCCGCGGCCCCCUUUCCCAACGGAUACCAUUUCCCGCCGAAACACUCGUUUGGCCAGUCCAUGAAGCUUGGUUCCAUUUCCUUUUGGCACUACUUCAUGACGCCCCUCGGGUUUGUCGUCACCAUAUAUGGACUGAAUGUGGUUGCCUGGGGUGGCAUGCUCUUCCUCCUGCUCUGCAAUGCCUCGCCAGCUAUGUGUCACCCGACGUGUGACGACAUCAACUCUCCCAGGCGGAUAUGGAUCGAGAUCGACUCGCAGAUCCUCAACGCCCUCUUCUGCGUGACGGGAUUCGGGCUCGCACCUUGGCGAUUCAGGGACUUAUACUUUUUGCUUCGGUACCGACUACAACACAGGGAAGAAGCUCUUCGCAGGCUCGCGGGAAUCCACAGAGGGUGGUUCCGGCUCGAGGGCUCCGCCGCCCUGCCCAUCAACAUCGGCCCCAAGAACGUCGAGCAGCAUCUGUCGCAGGCCGCGUCGCGUCCCGCUGUUCCUUUCCCAGCGACGAAGAUCCCCGACGUACCUUUGACUGGAGUUCGUGCGCCGCCGACUAAGUUGUGGAAGCUUGAUCUCGUCAUCUGGCUCAUGGUGUGGAACACGUUUCUGCAGUGUGUCCUGUCGGGGUUCAUGUGGGGAUUAAACCGCUACGACCGCCCGAGUUGGUCAACAGGCCUCUUUGUCGCGCUUGGCUGCACCGUUGCGGCCGUCGGAGGCCUCAUCAUGUUUCUUGAGGGCAAGUCUGUCAAGGGCAUCGAAGGUGUACCCGUCAGUCAACAGGAUCUGGAGCAGCUCGAGAGUGACCGCGAGCGCGGCGUGUGGCAUUACAACAACAUCAAGGACGAGGACCUGGAGGCCAAGAGGAAGAAGGAGGAGGAAAAGAAGAGGAAGCAUGAGAAUCGGUCACACCACCACCAACACCAGUACUGCCACCGCUACCGCUACCGCUACCACCACCACCAGACGCUCACCGGCGCAGUCGCCUCGCCCGCGUUACUUCUUCUGCAGCUGUCGCCUUUCUUGUUCAACACCAUCUCCAGGCUGCAGCCCGCCGGCCCCCAGCCCGAACUCGACAUCGUCAUCGGCAUCGUCAUCGGCAUUGACUCUCAACCAACCCCGCUGAGCCAGCUGACCUGA